GUUCGGUUUGAGCUUGUGUUAAACUGGAUGUUCAAAGAUCACUAGAAGCUGCAAUUGAUUCAAAUCAUAGAGGGGAUUUUAUAAGGAUUUUGGAAUCUAGAAAUGAAGGAAAUAGAUUCAUUGGGAGUUGAUAAUGAGGGACCUCAAUUAUUUUUUAAGGCUCUUUCGACCUUUGUUGAAAGAGCACUGCAGUGUGGCAAGGUUAGGGGCAAUGAGAUUGAAACAACAAAACCAAGUGAUAUCCUUGAAGUUGCAGUUGUAGGGGAGACUGUGGUUGAUGCUCAUAAAAGUCCCUCUCUUGAUUCUAAGGACAGGAUUGAACAUGAUGCAAAGCAAUUGCAUUAUAGCUUACUUCUGAACACACACAAUGGAGAAGCACCUUCUGAAAUAUCUUCUGAUCCCCAUUUUAGCAUCCUGCCCAGACCAGAUCCUUCACAAGAGGAGUUAGAGUCAAUUCAAAUUGGCGAUCUUAAUCUUGAUAAGCAGGAGCUUAGUCUUGAUUUGGGUUCUUCUUUGGUUGAAUCUGAUAAGCUGGAGGGGAACACUCCUACAGAGGAGGCUUCCCAACGAUACAAUAUUCAAUACCCCGCACUUCCAAGAGUGAUUUUAUCCCCAUGCCUCGGGAAUAAUAGCUCACUCAAGGAUGUGGAAUUUGACAAGAUUGAUGAUAGGAACAAGGUACUCUGCAACAAUGCAUUAGAAGAAAUUAGGGAUGAAAGAGAUGGGCCAAUUUUGUACACGCACUCGGAAGGAGAAGACAAGGCCUUCAAUGAAAACAUUCUUAAACCUCUACAAAUAGAUUACUCUAGGAUGUUCAAAACACCUUUUGACUUGGGAAGAGAUUACAAGGGAAGGCGCAUCUACUCUCCUUCGCAAAUAGUUAACAGAAGUUUUGAGAUCGAUGAGCAGUUUAGUGUUUAGGAACUUCAAGUUGAGAUCUUUACCUCUUGGACACUAGCUAGAAAGGGUUGCAGAUAUUCGUUGGGAUAUUGUACUCUUUUGGUUGUUUUGUUUUAGUGCUUAGUUUUGAUGCUUUGGCCAUUUUGUUGGGGAUGGGCCACCCCCACCUUUUGUAUUUCUCUUUUCCUUAAUAAAAUUUCCUUUAAUAU